AUUUUUUCCACGACGCGUGUAUGAAAAAAUGAGGGCUCCUUCCUGAUUCGACGUUAAAGGAAAGAGAGGCCGAAUUUUCUCGGGUAUUUUCCCGGUAAAUUAUUGACUUAGAAACCAAGACUUGAAGUCAAGGUAUAUAUGUAUAUGUAAAUAAAUUAAAGCUGUAAUGAGGGAGACUUAUGCAGAGAGCUCUUUGCCUCUCAGAGUUCUCAGAGAAUCAAGCCGGAGAAGCAAGAGUUCAGGGCAGAAAUGUGGUUUUUGGAAGGUGGAGUCGGUUUUUCUGCUUCUGGGCAUGUUAUUGGAUCCGGUUUGAACUCUUAGGCGGUUUGAUUGGUGUCAUUUAACUUACUAAUGGUAGUGCUUGUGGGCUUCUGAUGUUUCUGUGGAUGCCGGAUUUAGCAGAUUAUGCAUUGAAUAAUAUGUGAUUGAUGUCAAUUUGUCUUGGCUGUAGUUUCAUUACAGGAUUUGGCUUAAGAGUAUAUAAUGGCAUUGGAACUGGUACCCAUAGGAACCAUUUUGGCUGUGUUAACGAGCCAGGUACUUAAAACUGCCCAGGCUGCAAAGGAUGUUCUAAUUGAGAAGGAGAGUUUCAAGGUUCUGGCAAAGCACCUCUUUGACAUCGAAUCAGUGUUAAAUGAACUGCAGCUUCAGAAAUUGGAUGACUCUAGAGCUGCCAGGCAAGCACUUGAAACCCUUGAAGCAGAUGUCAAGAAGGCAAAUAAUUUGGUUGAGAAGUAUAAAAACCGGGCCCGUUUCUACUUACUAGUAAAGUGUCGUCAUAUUGUAAAUGAGGUGCAAGAAGUGACUAGGGAUAUCGGCAGGUCUUUGAAUGCUUUAUCACUUGCGAAUACUGAAGUCCUCGCAGGGAUAUCUGACCAGAUGAAUAGGCUACAGGAUGAAAUGCGAAGGGCUGAAUUCGAAGCUUCGCAUUCUCAGCUUCAGAUUGUUGACAAGUUAAACCAGGGUCUGCGUGACCAGAAACUCGACCAGGGUUUCGCUAAUGACAUGCUGGAAGAAAUAGCCAGGGCUGUUGGUGUACGUGUAGAACCUUCAGAGAUAAGCAAAGAGCUAGCAAGCUUUAGAAGGGAAAAGGAAGAAGCUGCCAAUAGGAAAGAAAGAGCUGAAGUUCUAUUCUUAGAGCAGGUUAUCGAAUUGCUUUCUCAUGCUGAUGCUGCUAGAGAUUAUGAAGAAAUCAAGAAGCAGUAUUUUACGAGGCUUCAGGUUGUUGAGCGAUUUGAUGACAGGGAAGAAUAUAUUACUCCACUUACUCCUUUCCUUUGUCGUAUAAAUCGGACUGUGAUGACUGAUCCUGUUAGCCUUUGUACUGGUACUACCUGUGAGAGAGCUGCCAUUGAAGCUUGGUUUGACCGCGGAGAGAGAACUGACCCAGAAACAGGUGAGAUUCUUGAAGAUACAACUUUGAGGUCUAACAUCCGGCUUAGACAAUCAAUAGAGGAAUGGAGAGAACUAAAUUAUUGCCUCAGAAUCAGAGCUUCUAAGGCAAAGUUGUUAGCAAGUGCUGACUCAUCUGUAGAAGAGGCCCUAAACCAAAUGCAGGAUCUGAUGAGAGAAAAUUCAAUAAACAAGGAUUGGAUCUCCAUAGGAGGUCUAACAGAUAUCAUAAUAUCUAUUCUUGGGACCAGUCAUAACAAAGAUGAGAAGAGGAAGAUCUUAGUAACCUUAAAGGAUCUCGUCAAAGGGCAUGUAAGAAAUAAGGAAAGAUUGGUCGAUUAUGGAGGGUGGGAUCAUGUUAUUCCAUGCUUAGGACGCGACCCAAGCAUCUCGAAGGCUGCAGUGGAAUUGCUAUAUGAGUUACUGCAAGAGAGGUCUUGUUGGAAUGUGUCUGUCUGCAGGAAACUCUCUCAACAGGGCAGUGCAAUUCUAUUCCUUGUCACUCUCUUAAAAGGUCAAGUCAGGGAGUCAGCUGUUUAUGCAGAAAAAAUCUUGAACAAACUUGUUGAAAUUGAUGAGGAGAACAUUUCUUGGGCUGCAAAAUCAGGCUGGUAUAAACCACUUAUUGAUCAGAUUGUACAAGGGACCGAUUCUUCAAGGAUUUCAAUGGUUCGAGCUUUAGUUAACAUGGAAUUGUUUGAUUCAGACUUAAAGCUCCUCGGUGAGGAAGGGAUAUUACCUAGUUUGCUUCAAAUGUUGUCAUCUGGCAAUCUUGAAUCAAAAGAGUUAUCUCUAUCUGCCCUGGUUAAACUCUCUGAUUGUGCUGCCAAUAAAGAGCUUAUCGCUGCUGCUGGUGGGCUUCCACUUGUCAUCAAACUAAUGUUUUCUGCUCAUAUGCGCUCAAUGAUUAUCAUGAAGUGUUCUGAGAUCUUGGAGAAAUUCUCUUGUGAUGAUGAUGGGAUUAAAUUCUUUAUUGAUGAAAAUGGGGCCCAACUUGAAUUAGAACCUAUUGUCAGCGAUUUGUUAGCUUUGCAACAGAUUGCCCACUCAUCCCAGAAUGUUCGGAGGCCUGCUUUGCGUACACUUCUUGGAAUUUGCAAGUUUGAUGCAGGGUUGGUUAAGACUGCAGUUCUCACUGCUAAAGGUGUUUCUCUUGUACUUCCUCUUCUUGAUGAUACCGACUCAGAAAUUCGUGAAAUUGCCAUAAAUCUUCUCUUUCUAUUCUCUCAUCAUGAACCACAAGGAGUGGUGGAAUACCUUCUCAAGCCAAAAAGGCUUGAGGCAUUAGUGGGGUUCCUUGAGAAUGAUGACAAGAGUGAUGUACAAAUGGCUGCUGCUGGUUUAUUAGCCAAUCUACCAAAAUCUGAAGUCUCCGUAACCAUGAAGCUAAUUGAUCUGGAUGGGCUUAAUGCCCUCAUAAAAAUUAUAAGAACAGGGACCAUGGAAGCAAAAGAAAGUGCUCUAAGUGCACUCUUCAGGUUCACAGAUCCUGCAAAUCCCGAGACACAGCGGAUUGUGGUUGAACAAGGAGCUUACCCGUUGUUUGUAAACUUACUGACAACUGGCUCAGUAAUGGCAAAAGCAAGAGCAGCAGCGCUCAUUGGCGAUCUUUCUAGAAGCAGUCCAAAGCUUGUUGUGUCUGAAGCAACAGGAUGCUGGUGUUUUAGGCCAACACGUCCACAUUUAUGCCCAGCACAUGGGGGUAUCUGCAGUGUGAGAACUACAUUUUGUCUCAUUGAGGCAACUGCUCUACCCGUCCUGGUAAAACUCUUACAAGGAGAGGUUCAUGUGAUUGCUCACGAAGCAAUUCAGACGCUUUCAACGCUGGUUCAGGAAGGCUCUCCUAACAGAGGAGCAAAUGUCUUGCAUGAGGCUGAUGCCAUAAAACCAGUACUCGAUAUUUUCACGUGGGGUACAGACUCUCUAAAGGAAGAGGCUUUGGGACUUUUGGAGAAGGUUUUUUUGUCAAGGGAAAUGGUGGAACACUAUGGACCUUCAGCCAGGUUAAUUCUUGUUGGCAUGACUGGCAGGAAUGGUCAUGACGAUAGCCGUAUGGGGAGGAGGGUCGCAAAAGUCUUGUCGCUCCUUGAACGCUAUUCGAGAUCAUCAACAUCUCUUCUGCCAGGAAUAUUUGGGUGAAAACUAUCUGUGAUCAGGUCAGAAUGGAGCUUGCAUAAUUUUUUAGCUGUUCAGUUUGACUUUUAUUAUCCAUCAGGAUGAAUCCCUCAAAAUAUUCAUCAUACAUCCAGUUCGAUUGUCUUCCAUCAGAAGUGCAUGCCGCCAUGGUAAUAUAUUUUUGUAUACCUCCUUACUUUA